AUGAAGUCCACACCGUUGCUGAUCGCCACGAUCGCUCUGUCGAUUCUGGCGGUAGAUUCGGUAGUCUCAGUCACCGUGUAUCCGACCAGAGGCCGUGUGGUUGGUGGAGAGCUUGCCUCAACUGGUCAGUUCCCUUACGCCGUCGGUUUGAUAACACACUCGACGUCUAUCUUCACGGGUCGCUGUGCCGGAUCGCUCGUAUCGGCCAACUACGUCCUAACCGCGGCUAGCUGUGUCCAGAGUGCAACAUCAGCCUUUGCCUACCUCGGGGGACUCCGGGUGGACGAUGCCGCGGAAACUGGCCGAGAACGGUUGCUGAUUGAACGGUUUAUCCUCCACUCGAGCUUCAUCGAGGAUGGUGAAAACUAUGAUGUGGCGCUUGGUCAGCUACCACGCAGUGUCAGCUUCACGGAACGUAUACGUCCCAUUCGGCUACCGAAUUUGCGUCAGGUGCAGGCUUCCUUCGCCGGUCAACAGGGUACCGUGUUCGGUUGGGGACGGUUCGGUUCGGGUAUCAGUAAUUCGGGCGAGCUGCGCUUCGGACGGGCCGAGGUACUGACCAAUCUGGCCUGUCGGUUGAACCUACCAACCAAUACGAUUCUCGAUGAGCACAUGUGCACGGACGGAUCGGUGAGCUCACCGUGCGCUGGUGAUAAUGGUGCUCCUCUGACGAUCGUCGAUGCGGAUGGUAUCACCACGCAGAUCGGUGUCUUCUCCUUUAACUCCGUGCUCGGCUGUGAGGCAGGCAGGGCCGCAGUCUACACUCGCCUUUCCGCCUACUUGCAGUGGAUUGGAGCGAAUUCGGAUGUCGUGAUACGGGAUGACUAUUGA